CAAUUGAUGCGUAAUUACCCCUUGAAUGAUGCCGCUCGGGGAAAAAAAUAUUGAGGACCAUUGUGGGAGUUAGUUGGGCAAUAUCACAUCAUGAGCAUGCGUUUUCACCCCCACAGUUAGUCAUGAAAAAAGAAUAAUGCACCACGCAACAGACUCGGACGGAUUUCGGUAGGUACAACAGGCUAAUCAGGAGACUCAAGUCUUCGGCGAUGUCAUGAACCGGAAUCACCAAGGCUUUGUCGGAUGAACCGAUGCGCCCGCACCUGCUCGGUAAUGGUUCUAAGCAAGUACACUGCGCCAAAAAAUAUUUGAGGAAGUGGUAACCAGUUACAGUAUCGCUUUGAUCCGCCGGAGACCAGCGGAUCCUGGUAGUAACACCACAGUAGGAGAUAAAGGGGGAUAGGUUAAAGUUUUGUAAGUUCUGUAAGAACCCAGUUUUAACAGCUGUCAAUCAAGUUGGUAGAAACCUAUUGCUGUUAAUUCAAGAUACAAUUACCUCAUGUAGUAUAUAUAAAACAGUAGACAAAGGCAAUAGAUCCAAUUCAUGAAUCAGAACCCUGAGAGAAAGAAGGAGUCGAUUCGCACUACUGUAUAUUAGUUUAUUGCCUUCUGAAAAGUAGACAUGCAAUUAAUUAAUUGUCUAUUUUUGGAAAUAAUUGAGAAAACUAAUUGGCUGCAACUUUUGAUUUGUCCAACCAUCAGUUCUGCCGACGCAUCCGGUUCUGUUACGGGUUUGGCCAAGAGGGAUGACAUAGUUACUCAGAUUGAUGACGGACAAAUUCAACAAGUCACUAACGAAGCUGUUGCUUCGGUGGUGAAUCAAAUUAGUGAUGGUCAAAUUCAACUUCAAACUACCGCUACUGUCCUCAAUCAAAUAAGUGAUGGUCAAAUCCAAGCCCAAACUACUGCUACUGUCCUCAAUCAAAUCAGCGAUGGACAAAUUCAGGCCCAAACUGCUACUGUCGUCAACCAAAUCAGUGACGGACAAAUCCAACAGCAAACUGCUGACGUUGUUAACCAAAUUGAUGACGGUCAAGUACAACAGCAAACCUCCACUAUUGCAGCCGUCAACCAAAUCAGCGAUGGACAAAUUCAACAGCAAACUUCCACUGCUGCUGCUCUUAACCAAAUAAGUGACGGUCAAGUACAAGCCGCUUCCACUGCCACUGUUGAUGCUGCCAGUCAGAUCAGUGAUGGUCAAAUUCAAGAUGCUACUUCUACUAGCGAAGCUCCAGACACCAACGUUACUGAAACCUGUGUUGCCUCUGGAUCUUUACUCUUGCAAUUGAAGGACGGUAUUUUGACUGAUGCAAAGGGAAGAGUUGGUUCUAUUGUUGCUAACAGACAAUUCCAAUUCGAUGGUCCUCCACCACAAGCUGGUGCCAUUUAUGCCGCUGGUUGGUCUGUGGUUCCAAUUGACUACAAGGAAGAUUCUAAAACCAAAGAAAAUGCUGACAAGGGUAAGAGAAAUGAAUUGUAUAAAUUGGCUUUAGGUGCUCAAACAACUUUCUACAAAUGUUUGUCGGGUUCUUUCUACAAUUUAUAUGACCAAAGCAUUGGUGGUCAAUGUUCCGAAGUUGAAUUCGUUGUGUUGGAAGCUGUUGAAUGUUAAGAGUUUCUGACGUGCUGCGAGAAAAAGUUACUAUAUAAGAUUGUUCUUUCCUUUUGCAUAAACGUUGCAUUGUCAAGUCAUAAUUGACAUUUCAUAUUUCGAACGUUUUAAUUUUAUUUUCGUCAUGUUCCCGUGGAUAUAUGAAUAAAAAAUACCUAACAUAAACGUAUUAAACCAUCCUCUUACUCUUCAUACAUAUAUUAGCAGUAUUGCUGUUGAGUUGACUUUUUAAUCUGUCCAAAGACACUAGCUUAGUGGACAAUAAAGCCAAUUCGGUGCUAGCCAAUUUAUCAUUGAACUCUGGUUCUUUGUGGUUGGUCAGUCUCAAAUAACUAACAUGCCGAGACAACUGCCCUAUCAAGUUAUUGAUUUCAAUCAUCUUAGAAACUUCUAAACCUGGUCUUUCACUAUUGCAGUAAUCGACAAUCCCUUGUACUUUUAUUGACAUUUGUUCGAUUGAAUUAAGAAUAUUAUUCUUGCUCUGGUUCAAGUCAACUUGGUCUAAUUCAUCCGAUCGAUGAUUAGAUAAAUGAUAUUGGCUAUUUCUUAUGAUUGUAGACAAGGAGAUAUUCUCUGUUUCAUCGGACUCGACGAUAGUGUUCAAAGGUUUUCCAUUAUGGUAACCUUUAAUGAAGGUUUUAUCUGAUACCAGAUUCAAAUUCACCACCAAACAUACGGAUGAAUUGAAUUCUUGACAAAGUUGUUCAGUGAGGAUGGUUGGUGUUGACUUAUCUAAAAUAUGAUAUAUCCCCACCUUCUCAAGCUUCGGUAGAACAGUUAGAUGUUGUUGUAAUCUUUGAUUGUAGAAAUCCAUAUCUAUGGUGCCAUUAGAAGCAAGCAACUCAAAGGCAGUAUGAACACAAACAGAGUCGGACCCAGGCACACCCAAAAGAACCCCCACUGAAGCAUUGUUGCUAAUUGCUGUAUUGAUGUUGAAUAGGGCUAAAGAAUGGACCGAAAUAGUUGAAUAAUCCAUAUUGUAUGUAUGUACUUGUAGUUUUUGAUCCACAGGAGGGGUCGUGCGAGAUAACCGUGUGC